AUGCUAUUUUUUACUCUCGUCCUUUUGGCUUCAUUUUCCUCGCCGUACGCCGACGGCGUCUUUGGAGCGGCCGGUUCCCCGAUGAUAGGACGCCAAGAACCAGCUGCCCUAACUUUGACUGCCGAGCACGACGGCUUUCCUUCCGACGAACUACCGAGGUCCGGGGGACUGUUUGAGUGGCCAGCCACUUUGAUCAAGUCGGUUGUGAGCUGCUUCAAGCCGCCGCGAAAGAAAGCGAGUAAUGUCGAGGCAAUUGAAGCGUUCAAAGAGUCACUAAAUGGUGGUGAGCUUACGAUCGCGGUGAAGCCGAGUGCCGCGAUGCUGCAACUAAUGACAAGGUCUGAGCGCGACACUGGAAUCGUCAUUGAUUAA